CUCGCACAUAUGCUUGCAGGAUCUCCAAGAAAAAGAAAUAGACAUGGCGGCCUCCUGUUAUCUAGUUGGGCUGCAGUAUCAGUUAUCACGUUUGUUUUGCGUGGUUUUUAUAACAUGAGGUAGCGGCAAACGAGGUCGUUCUCCUUACGCUUAAAGACUUGUCCUAGUCGUCCCUCAGAGCCCGAUUGCACUAUGGGCCACCGUUGGAGUUCGAGUCGCAAGAAACCUGUGAUCUACGCCAGGGACCAGAAAGAGUUCUGGUCGAUCCGUUGGAAAACCGGAGACACUCCGUGGCAGACGCAAGGCAUACAUCGGCUUCUGGACCAACACCAAGAGCUGGUCCUGGCUGGAAAACAAAAUGCCCGCGUGUUCAUUCCACUGUGUGGAAAGGCCCCUGAACUGUUAUGGUUCUAUGGUCGUGCUCACAAUGUUAUCGGCGUGGAGUACAUAGAGAGGUCAGCCAGCGAAUUCUUCACGGACAAUGGCCUUCCCUGCGAGGAAACAACCUGCCAUGUGCUGAAGUGUAAAGUCUUCCGUACUCUUGACCACCGUUUGCAGAUAUUUGUCUGCAGCAUAUUCGAAUUCAACAGGGACUGUGCUGGAACAAUGGACAUUGUUUGGGACAGGGGUGCCCUCGUAGCUGUCAACGAUGACGAGCGUCCGAGGUAUGCAAAUGUCAUCAAGUCUCUUCUGUCACCUGGCUUUUCCUACGGACUUUGCACAGUCGUGUAUGAUGACCCAUCAUUCAAAGGUUUCCCUCGGAGUGUACCAGAUGAUGAGGUGGUCAAGCUGUUUGGUGACUUUAUGACGCUGACAAAGGUGAUGCAGUCAGAGGAGGAGAAGCGUUUUCACAUCUCUUCCAGCAUCGUCGAGACCCUUUGGCAUGGGACAGGUUGAGCGAUGUUGUGUGCCAUUAUAAUUCCUCUUACUGGAGUGCCAAAGUGUAAAGCAGCAACUACAUUCAUUGCUGCAACUUGUUAAGGGGACCCUAAAGACGAAAAUAACUACAGCUGUGUUGUGAACUACACUUCUACGAUACCAAAGAAGCCACUCUCGCCAUGGGAUGAAGAUUGACAAGCCAGAUAGGAGGCAAGAACGAAAGAUGAGUGGCGUUGCCGUGAUGUCGUGGAUAUUGACAAAGUCCUAGUUUUUUCUAGGUACAGAUGGACUACAUUGUAUUCUAAUGGAACCGAAGACUUAUAUUGGGAAGUUUUGAGAACAUGUGAUGUCACACUGAUGUUCUGGUGCUGAAACUCGGGCGCGAAAUUUAAAAAGAAGAAGGAAGUUUGGCCGUCAUUUCCUCUUCUGAUAAUGAACUUCUUACUGUGAAAUUAACCAGAUUAGUGUUUUGAAAGACUCAUGUAGUGAUUCUCCUUAGUGUUUCAAUGGAAAAAUCAGUCAGGCAAUAGUGUAGUUAUUGUGUGAAACAGGGAAAAGUUGGUUACUUUAGCGGUAGAUUAUAUUAACAGUGUUAAAAGUACAUGGCAUAAAAUGUAGGGUACACAUGGUGGGCAUUGUAGCCAAACUAAUUUUUACUGAACAGGAAUUUUAGGUGUAGCAGGGUUCUGAGUGGUGGCAAAAAAGCGGCAAAGAAAGCAAAGAAAAAAACAUGACAGAAACAUAUCUGCCGUGUUUAGUGAAAGCUAAUUUGGGAUAUUUUUUUUUAAGCUCGAAGCGCCUUUCUCAGUGAGAAAAGUAAUAGUAAUGAAGUCGCUCAAAAAUUACUAAAUUGCGCGUUUACAUAUUGUCCGAGCAAUAGAAGGCUAUUGUUAAAGGCCAACUGCAACGAACUUUCACUUUGGUAGAUUGUUACAGAUCAGUAAUCUAUACUAUUGAAUCAGUCUUGACAAAGAUUCAGGGCCACAAAUUGCAUAGUUUAAUAUUAGCAGCCUGUAAGACGUUUUGUGCGCUUGGUCGUUAGUGGAUGUGACCUAAGUGCCAGCACCCCACUUCUGAGAUGUUUUAGUGCGCCGCUAAGAGCUGCAAGCACGGCCUAAUCUCGGAUGUCAUGCCGAGGAGCCACACAACCUCAGUAACAUAUUACUUCCGGUAAGUGGUAGCAGUGAAAUUUCCCGCAGUUUGGUGUCAGAAACAUCUAUUUUUGGCAAGCUUUUCAUAAGGCAUCCACUUGCAUUUCAAAUGUAAACUUCACAUGAAGACUGCUUGGUGUCUACACUAUAUGAAAGGAGGUAUUUCAUACUGUCUCAGAUUUCGUUGCAGUUGGCCUUUAAUUGUUGCACAACUCGCCUCUGAAAAAGGCUAUGUAGCAGCUGAUCCUGCCUGCUCUCCUUGCAGUAAUGCCGGGAUGUCUGCGAUAAGCAUGCAAUGCUUAUCAAUGCAAUGGGUUGGCGGCGAUAGCUGUUAUUGGCAAAGUGCAAUGACCCUUGAGGAGGUUUCCUGGUGCCAGAAUAGAAAACUGAGUGCGUGGUGGCAUUUCCGUGCGACAUAGCUGGGCAACUACUGCAGGAAAGCUGCCGUUGCAGGCCUCUACUGCUGUCGAUUGCACGUGUGCCCUCGCUCCUUUUAUUGUUUUUGUGGAAUCUAGCGGCCGGAAAACGUAUCAUACGAUUGCAGUCUACCAAUAUACCAAACGUUGCUGCUGAAAGAUAGUGUUUUCCGGGACCGUAUUAACCUGUAAAAAAGGAGUAUAACUGUAUUGGGUCAUUUUCUGCGUUCUCAGUCACAAACGUUGUUGCCGGGAAAUCAUACGAAAAGGCAUCAUAUCAAUGAGGUUCUACUGUACUACAUCUCCAGAACAAAAUGCAUUGGUAAUUGGUGCUGCCUAUGGUUUGCAAUACGAAGCGGGAGUGGGGCUUUGCCCCAUCGUAGCCAAGUUCAGGAGAGUGAGAGCAGCCCCUGCGCACCCCCGUAAUUGAUGCUUAUUGGCUAAUUGAUGCUUGGUGGCUAGAUGGCAGUAGUAGCACUAGUGGCUUGUGGUCACCUUCUACAUCAUUCAGUCAGUCAUGUUUGUUCCCUUUUCAAUGUUAAAAGAGGAGACUGGACAAAAAGCUGAAACACCUUCGGAAAGGUCCUGCCUCCUUUUACGGUCAAAAGCAUGUGUAGCAAACAGCAUCUUUCCUGGGACAACCAAUGGGCAUUCCAAAAAUAUUCACCGCUAAGAAAAAUUAAGAAAAAGAAAUAUAGUGGACUCGCUUUAAACGGAACCUCAAGGGACCAGGGAAAUUGGUUGCUUUUGUCAGGAGUUCCAUUUACUGAGAGCCAAAGCUGAAUACAGUUCCAUGAAUACAAAACAAGCUAACCACAAGGAUGGUGUUCCAUUUAAGAAGCAGUUCCGUUUAUCUAGAAUCGACUAUACAAAAAGAAUUAACAGUUACAUACUUGGUGUAGUAUAAAUCAAAGAAUAAGUUUGAAAAAACACAUGAGUACUGAAUACAUGUUGCUCGUACUGUAAAUAAAGACUCGGAAAAAGUGUCUUUAUUGUAUGGAAGUGCAAUCCUAGCAGAUGGGAGCGAAAAUUCUCAUAGUCCCACGCCAGUGGUUCUUCCUCUAUUUGUGUGUAUUGCGUCUCUGAGUCAGAGAGGCACAGGCAACUGGGAGCCGAUGUCCUGCUGCCUCUUGAAGGAGGGCUACCUCAAAACGAUACAAUGAUGGAUCUGUGGACACACUGAGAUGGCUGCGAGGGUUGCAGCACUGGACAUGGGUGUCAGCGUCAAUGCCUUCUUGAUGGCAUCGAAGCUCGCUGUGGCUUGUCCCAGCACUGUUCGCCGUUACUGUGAAGCAAGCCACAUAAUGGUUUUGUGAGCUGUGAGAGCCCAGGAAGAAGUUUAACUGGCGUUACUUCUGUGGGCUCUGCUAGCCGACACACCGCUUUGUCCUUCUUGGGGUCAGCACUGAUACCGCAGCGCCCACCGACGCGGCAAUGCAGGGACGCUAUGGCCAGAGACGCUCACAGCCGGCCCCUUGGGGCCAGCUGUAAAAGCAGAGAAAAAUUAAGUUGGCUGGCGCAUGCUCGAAGUGCAAGCUUGGCACGUGCAGUGUUGUUUUAGAAGCCUGCCACGUUGGUCGCCGCAGCUGUGGCUCCGCUCGUCGGCUUAGCCCUUCUGCCGAAAUAAAUGUAGGAAUGGCGGCACAGUCCUUGGGCUGCUGUCACAUCAUCCUACAUUACAAUUCGUUGAUACAAUGGGCCAGAGGGAUUUCACUGAUUGCUUGCGUUGUGUGCACUUCACCUGCAUUUAAGGUGACUACAGCUUCUUGCAAGUGUUGAAGUACUUGGUCCACUCGUGUGUCAUGUUCAUCCAUUGUGCACCCAAACACGACCAUGUCAUCUUUCAGACAAGCUUGGCCCUUAAGCCCUUCUAGCACUCUCUGCAUUUCCCUUCGAAAACUUUGGAGAAGUUCAGGCGCUGUGAAAAUUCCAAAAAGCAAUUGGAAAAACUGAAAUUAGCCAAAUGGUGUCAGGAAGGUGGUGUACAGGUGGUGUACUUCUGGAGCUUGCCGAAUAGCUGGCCUUUGCAUAGAGCUUGCUAAACUGUGUAGCUCCAGCAAGUUUUGCCAGGCAUUCUUCAAUGGUGGGCAUUACAACCAGUUCCCACAGAAUGUUCAUGUUCGAGCCUCUGAAGUUAAUACAAAUUGACUGCUUGCUUCCUUGCUUUUUUGCGCCUACCACAGGUGCACACCAUUCUGUGACCUCUUCAACCUUUCCGGUAAUGCCCAGGCUCUCCAUUUUUUCCUAGCUCUCAUUUGACACGAAGCAGCAUGAGUAGAGGUACUCUCCUUGGGGGCGUAAUUGCACACAGGCUGGCAUCGGAGAGCAGUAAUGUAUUCUCUCAUGAGGAGGCCCAAGCCUGUUGUUAGAUUGCGGUGGUGACUCAGGAUGGCGGUUUGGUCACUUACCUUACCCGUUGACUCGGUGACCUGUAGAUAUCGAGGGACUUGAUUACUGAUAACAGGACAACCAAAAGUGCAUUGCACAGCUCAUUGAUCACUUAAACUUAAUCUUGGCAUGCCUGCAAGGCCGUAUUAAACAGUCCAGCCGUUGCUAUGCUGGUUCGGCCUGAUCCAAGCAACUAUUUAUUUACACUGGAUCAGGUUGCCCAUAACUUGUUCAUCUAGAAUCUUGUUGGUAUAGCUGUCAUGUCUGCACUGUUAUUUAUCUUGAACUUCGUGGGUAAGCCAUUGAUGGCCGCACCAAUUUUGCACGGCCUGGGGUCUUGCCAGUCUGCUAGUCCUACCAAAUAGACCUCUUCUAAUGCAGCUUGGUGUGUGUCCUUGCCUUGCUUUUCUUUUGCACAGAUAAGCAUAUGGUAGUAAAGUGUCCUUUUUUUGCUACAUGCGCCGCAUGUUUUGCCAUUGGCUGGACGCGUAGCAUAUGAUGGUGUGUGCGUAGCUGAGGUACACUGUUUGUCCAAAGGCUGUGUCUGGUCAGGCGUGUCCUUUCGAGAAUACUGCUUCGGCUUCCCUUUGCUCUUUAAGAAGCCUCGCUUGGUGUCUGCAGCUGCAGGUGGCAGUAGCUGAAGCCGUAGCGUCUUUUGUUGCUGUUUAGUUGUUUCCCUGUUACAAGCAGUGGUGAUGGCAGAUUCCAGAGUAAGCUCAGCCUUAAGUUGUAGCUUUUCGCUUAACUGCAUGUCUGCGAGACCAACAAUGAGCCUGGCGCAGGUCAAUUUUUGUUUUAGCUUGUACUCAUAGGUAUUGGCUAGACUAUGAAAAUAGGUGACGAAUGCGUAGACUGUCUUGUGUGCUUCUUGCUUGCAGGUGUUGAGCUUCGCAUGCUUGUAGAUAACUUUUGUCCAUGGCACCAAUGUUUCGCUAAAGCAGUUGCAUCGCUGCAUUGUUGUUGAGUUUCUUGGUGUUGGAUAGUUUCAGUAAGGCUAUAACGUCUGGGUUUCACGACACAUAGUAUAGAUGACUGUGUUUACUUGCAUCAUGCUAUCUUGCUUCUUUUGUCUGGAGAUGACUCUAUGUAGCACUCCCAUCUUGUAAACCACUGUUUCUAUGCCUUGGAUGACUAAGAGAGACUCAACUUUUAUUGAGCCCUUAGUAAAGGUUAAUGCGUGCUGGCACCAGACUGGGUGGAACCUUCUUCUCAGGUCCCAUAUGCGUCCUGCAGUUCCUGGUCCCUAGCCACCAGCGUGAGCUGGGUAGUUAGGUUGGGGCUGGACAACAAGAUAUCCCAUUGCUUGGGGGGGGGUUGGGGCUGGGGAGGGUAGGGGGUUCUUGAGCUUAGUGCACUCUGCAAGGAUGUGUGCUAGAGUGCCUUCUGAUCAUCUGCAAAACGGGCAUGAAGUGUCAUGCUCUGUUGGGAACAUCUUGUGCAAGAACACAGGAUGCGCUAGGUGACCCCGCUUGCAUGCAUUGCAUGAUCGUUUGCUGCCUUCGGCUGAGUUGCGGAUGUGGACGGGGAAGCCUACAUCGGCCACUUCUGUACAUUUGGGUGAUGUCUUCGUAAUUUGUCACGGGGUGCGGAAGCUCUGGCUCGUCCUCGGUCCAGAUUGACAGUUCUUGGGCAUAGUGGUCGGCGAGUGUGUUGCCUUCCACUUGCAAGUGAGCCGGGGCCCACACAAGCUCAACGGCUCGUCCCAAUGAUUUGCGUUUGGCGAGGAUCACUAGGGCCGUGGGAGAGAUGUUCCCCUUGCAGUAGCUUGCGUAGGCGGUCUUGGAAUCUGUGACCGUGGUCCUUACUCCUGGUUGUGCGAGUGCGAGGGCCACGGCCACUUCUGCUUCGGCUGUAUUCGUAGUCCGUAUCGACGCAUCUGUGACCAGUUUAUCGAUGGUGGUGACGACCGCCAUUGCUCUGGUGCUGUGCUUAGAUGACUGAAAUCAAGCUUCUUCCAGCAGCUUGAUGAUGAAUGGGUUGAGCAAUUAUUAAAUAAUGUGAAGUGAUGGGGAGACAACAAGGAGGCGUGUGACCAUGCUCGUUAGUGGCUUGUUCCUGACGUGCUAGCCCAUAAGCCCUGCACUUCUCUUUAUUGCAUAGAACACAGCUCACACUACGGGGUGCCACCAAUUGGCUACAUAUAUGGAACAGAGUGGGGCUGCGUCCUGAAUUGCGGACAUCAUAGGCAAAGCCAUCUUGGCAUAGCAAAGUUUCAUACUGGUUACUGCUUGCGCUCAUGGAGCCACUGCAAUGCCUGCAUUUGCUGCCUUCUGCUUGCAUGAUGCGCUCCCUACCGCUACCUCCACGUCACAGUUGGGUGACGAACAAGACAUAAAGAUUUAACUGACCAGCCGGUUUAUUUAAUCCCAAAUAACGAGUCGUCUAGCCCGCUCCAUCUCAGCUUGCAUGGUAGAGAGCUUUCCCCCGCCAUGGCGUGUGAUUGGUUCUCCAGCCACCAAGCUACAUAGCUACAUGUAGCUGUGUUUGCGCACACUGGGACUGGGCAAUGACAACGCUGAGUGACAUUUUGUUUUAGUUCUUUUUUUUUGUGCCACUUUGCCACAAAUUUAUGCUUGAUGAGCCCAUAAUCCUUUCAUAACAAGUUGAUGUUUAGCACCUGCCCUGUGGUGUACUUUACAUUCUUUGUCCCGUCCAUUUAGCACUGGUAAUAUGGUGUGUCAUACUUUCAGGAAAACUUGCGCAAGUUGCUCAUACUGAGACCAAAUGCUAGGUGUGCUACAAGGCGAUACGGAAAAUGUGAUGCUUUUGCCAGUGCCAUUUUUGCAGUAUGGAAGCUGCUUCAUGCAGUUUGGGGAAGCGACAGCUUAGUUUAAGGGGCCCUGGAACAUGCUAUGUUAGAACCUGAUUAACACCCUGUAAUGAACGUGAUGUCUUUCAGGGAAUGUGUUCUCGUAGAAAUUCUUGACACAGACUUUACAUUGAGAGUCAGAAUCAGUUUACUCCUGUCAGUAAUGAGGUAAGAAUUACAAGAGGUGCAUAUUCAGAAGGAGGUGCCGCAGUAGGUGAUAUAACAUGUGAAGUGUUUACUUUCCCCAUUCUCUCAGCCAAUACAUUCUUUUCAGCUGGGGCACCAUUGAGAGCCUAUGUGCUCCCUAUAGCUAUUUCCUUUCUUUUUUUUUAUGUGGUACACUAAUAGUAAUAUGUCAAGGUUUCUGUCCAAGAAGGGUUUCCAGAAGUAGCAAAGGUAGCCAAGACAUGCUAACUGCUUGCUUUGUUGUUUCCAAGUUCUUGGAGGGUUUGUAUAUAUGGUCCUAAACGACUGCCCAACUGCUGGCGUCUCUGGGUCGUAACGUCUGCAGUACUGCAGUCACUAACAUUGGACAAGGCGAAAAAGGAGUGUGAGCCUUGAAAUUUGCAGGUGAGAGCAAGUGAUCCAUUAUGUGUGAGAUCGUAGGUUCUUCGUUGCAUGCAGCAGAAUAGUAUUUAACUUGCAUGUUCACAGGAGCAUUGUCCACAUAUAAGUAUCGUCUUGAUACCAUGUCCAAAAAAGUGUUUCAGUGCCCCUUGAUUUGUAGUUGUAUAUUGUAGUAGCCUCAUUGUUUACUGCCUUGGCUGUCUUCUUGAAGAUAGGCACUGUUUUUUUUGUAAAUAAGUGAAUAAGUUACUUAAAUCCAAUAAACAGAGGAAGUUUGCACGAUGA